AUAAAAAAAAUCACUCCUCUCUUCCCCAACACGCAACAACCCAGAAAUCAAAUAAGAACUAGGGUUUCAAAAUCCCCGCCAUUACCAAACCCUUUUCACACAGUAAUACACUUCGAGUGUCUGCAAUUAAAUGGCGAAGGAGGAAGACAACCCGACCACUCCACAGGCUUCGAUACCCAGCCCGAAUCCGACCCCGAAAACUGCCCAACAAUCUCCCGUAUUCUCCCAGUCCAGCUCUUCCCAUCUACACCGCAAUGCCAGCAAUCAUAAUAAUCCCAAUAACAAGAACAAUGAUAACAGUAGUUCGCCUCUCUCAAAAAAUGCAGAGAGUCCUGAAGAGUUCAUAUUAUCAGUGGCUGCAAAUUUUGCUUCUCAGCCGCUUCAAUAUUCCGAUCCGGAUGUCUGGGGCGUGCUCACCGCAAUAUCUGAGAAGGCCCGGAAGCGCCACCAGGGCAUGAAUUUGCUUCUGACUUCAGAUGAACACUGUCUUGGUCGAUUAGUAGAUGAUUCCCGAUUCCAGAUUAUCUCACCUGCAGUUAGCGCAUAUCAUUGUAAGAUUUACCGGAAGAAGGUUGCUACUGAUGACAUGAAACAUCUCUCCAACAAUUGUACUUCUGUUUUCCUGAAAGAUUCUAGCACGAAUGGAACAUAUUUAAACUGGGAGAAGUUGAACAAAAGUAGCUCUGAAGCAAAACUGCGUCAUGGGGACAUCAUCUCAAUAGCUUUUACUCCACAACAUGAGCUUGCUUUUGCCUUUGUAUUUCGAGAAGUUCAGAAACCCGCUCUCGCAAUUGAUGGUGGACAUCUGAAGAGGAAGGCAGAGGAGUUUGGUGCUGAGAGCAAAAGAACAAAAGGAAUUGGAAUUGGUGCUUCUGAUGGACCAAUCUCUCUUAACGAUUUUCGGAGCCUUCAACGUUCAAACACGGAUCUGAGGAAACUUCUCGAAAACCAAGUUGUAACCAUUGAAUCAUUGCGCAGGGAGAACCGUGCAGCUAGUGAGUGCCAUGAAAUUGAAAUAAGAGAGUUGAAAGAAUCAGUUUCAAAAUCUUAUAUCGAUCAGCUCAGUGAGUUGCGCAAGUCUUUGGAGGCUAAAGAGAAGGAACUAACAGAGUUAAAUAGAAUAUCUUCUGAACAAAAACAUAGCAUUGAAGACCUUAAUGAAAGACUUAGUGCAUCUGUGCAGUCAUGUGUUGAAGCAAAUGAAAUAAUUAAUAGCCAGCAGACAUCUAUCUCUGAAUUAAAAACCUUAUUAGAUGAAGAACGUGAUCAGAGAAGAGAAGAGCGAGAGAAAUCUGCAGUAGAUAUGAAAGCAUCGAUGCAGAGAGUUCAGGCUGAGGCUGAGGAGGAAACUAAACGAAUAUCAGAUGCUGCAUUGAGACGAGAGAAAGAGCAGCAAGAAAUUAUAAAUAAGCUUCAGGAAGCGGAGAAGGAAAGGUGUUCAUUAGUGGAAACUUUGAGGUCCAAAUUGGAAGACACCAGGGAAAAAUUGGUUUCUUCUGAUAAUAGAGUUCGCCAACUGGAGGCUCAAAUUCGUGAGGAGCAGCGUGCUUUUGCCAGCAAUAGAAAAAAGGUGGAAGAACUUGAGCAUGAAAGGAAAAGACUGAGGAAAGAACUUGAGCACGAGAAGCAGGCGGCUCGUGAAGAAGCAUGGGCAAAGGUGUCUGCUCUUGAACUGGAGAUCAAUUCUGCAAUGCGGGAUCUUGAUUUUGAGAGGCGUAGACUAAAAGGGGCUAGGGAAAGAAUCAUGCUGCGUGAAACGCAGCUUCGGGCUUUCUAUUCUACGACAGAGGAGAUAUCUGUGUUGUUUGCAAAGCAGCAGGAACAGCUUAAGUCGAUGCAAAGGACACUAGAAGAUGAAGAGAAUUAUGAGACUACUUCAGUUGAUAUUGACCUCGAUCCAAAUAUUGUUAACGUUAAAGGACCACUGAUCAGAAAAAAAGAAGUGGAAUAUCAAAGUAAUAAUGCUGGCAAGGCAGGAUCCAGUACAUCUGCCUAUAGAGAUGGCAAGGUUCAAGUUGAGUCAUCAAGUGAUGAAGCAAGUGUCACCGAGAAGCAUGACUGCAAUGUCAAAAGCCAAGAAGGUGGUGAAGACACGCAAGAAGUAGAAUUCACCGGGGUUGAACGUAAUGUGAAGGGUGGCUUUGGUUCUGAUAUUGAUGGUGUUGGUACAGCACCCAUUUCUGAGGGAAACGCAGUUGGAGCUGAGAAAAUCCCUGAGACGGAAAGUGUUGGAGCGGUACCGAUUUUGGAAGGAGAGCAUGUUGAAACUGAGCGAGUUUUAGAGACUGAAAGCCCUGGACUUUACAUUGGCAGGAAUAUAGAUUUAAAUAAAAGCAGCACGUUAGCUGGGGAUACAAUGCAGCUUGAUGAUGAAACCCAUGCUGACGAAGCUCAGGAAAAUGCUGGGAAGCAGACCUCACAUUACUCCCAUCCAAAUAGCCCCCUCGAGGAUCAGAACCCAAUCGAAGACACAGAAGCUGGAGGUACUAUCAGAACAGCUGAACUUUUGGCUUCAGAAGUUGUUGGUAGCUGGGCGUGCAGCACGGCACCUUCCGUUCAGGGAGAAAAUUAUUCUCCUAUGAGUAAAGACAACGAUGAAGAGGGUGCCACAGCUUUACAUGAGUCUAGUGGUAUGGUAGCUGAGAGUCAACACAUCCCACAGUCCAAGUUGGAUGACGCUGCCAGACGAAAUCAUGAACGUCAAGCACUAUGCCAAAUGAUUGGGAUUGUUGAUCCUGAUUUGAGAGAGCAGUUCAGUCAUGCUGCCAGAAGUGGUGAUGAUCAAGAUCGAGGUGAGAGAGAAAUUGCUUCUGAUUCUGAUACGGAAGACUGCACUGAUAGUGAUGAUGAAAACAGAGUUGAUGCUCAAGGUUCUUCAGAUGCUGAAACAGUCGGUAGUGGCCAAGCUGACAAGAAUCCUAGAUGUGAUGAUGAAAUGGAUGAAGACAAUGAAGCCACUCAAGAAGAUUCGGUUGGAUAGCAAGCAUGUCAUAGAUAGUGAAAGUUACACCCGUUUUCUAUUAUUGGAGCCAGGAUGGUGAGGUUGACAUGUAAAUUGACCUGCCUCGUGAAAGAAGUUGCAACGCUAUCAUAAACUAUUCUUCUUUCAAGAUCUGAAUUCUGUUAACUUAUAUUUCACUAGAAUCCGAUAGUUGUAAAUAAUUGAGAGGUGAGUAUCUUGUAGAAGAAACAUCAGUGUUGAAUUUGCUACUUGCUGUUGUGGUGGAGGAUUAUGCUGAGGCGUAUAGUGCCUUUUGAGAUUUUUUCAACUGGACAGCAGGGUUUGAUUCCAUGGUCUUAGAAGUCUAUAAUUUAAAGUAGUUAAUAUUUU